UCUCCCUCGCCUUGUGUGUAACGAGUGUGGGAGGAAGAGCGGGGCGAUCGGGGCGGACAGUAAAGACAUGAGAGCUCGGUGCCGCGCCUCCGACUCCAGGCAGUCCCCGGGCACGUUGGCUGUGCUGUGAUCGGCUCCUCGGCAUUGCACGGAAGACUCCGAUCGCUGUGUGUGUGAGAUCCCGGAGACAUGGCCGCGGAGGGAUACCAGUACCGGGCCCUGUUCGCCUACAAGAAGGAGCGGGAGGAGGACAUUGACCUGCGGGUGGGAGACAUCCUGACCGUAAACAGAGGGACUCUGGUGGCCCUGGGCUGUGGGGAGGGCGGAGAGGCCCGGCCCGAGCAGAUCGGAUGGCUGAACGGCUUCAACGAGAGUACGGGGGAGAGGGGCGACUUCCCGGGCACCUACGUGGAGUAUAUCGGCCGGAAGAAGAUCAGCCCCCCGACCCCCAAACCACGCCCCCCUAGACCGCUGCCUGUGGCCCCUGGGGCCCCCCGGACCGAGGCUGGAGCAGAAUCGCAGGCUUUCACACUGCCUGAUUUGACGGAACAGUUUGCGCCACCAGAGAUUGCCCCGCUGGUCAUCGUCAAGCUGGUGGAGUCUGUAGAAAGAAAAGGUCUGGAAUCCCCAUCAUUGUACAGAACCCAGAGUGCCAGCAGUGUACCAGAGCUCCGCCAAAUCAUUGAAUGUGAUUCAGCUGCAGCCGAUUUUGAGCAUCUCGACUUACCUACUCUGGGUGACGCUUUGAAGAGGUUUCUGUUGGAUCUCCCAAACCCAGUCAUUCCAGCAGCUACUUACAAUGAGAUGCUUUCCGCUGUAAGAGACUCCUUAAACUCUGACGACUAUGCACAACUGCUGAGGAAGAUCAUCCAAUCCGCAAACGUUCCUAAUCAGUACUGGCUCACUCUUCAGUACCUGCUGAGACACUUCUUUCAGCUCUGUCAGAACUCCAACAGGAACCUGCUGAAUGCAAAGUUGUUGGCAGAAAUAUUCAGCCCAAUUCUCUUCAGAAACCAGAUACUAAGCUCGGAAAGUCCAGAUUACAGCGCCCAAAUUCUGGAAGUUCUCAUAGGAAGUGAAUGGAGUGAACGUCAAACUGCACCAGCACUGCCACCAAAACCUCCCAAACCCAGUCCUGUAAUAAACAACGGUACUAACCACAAUAUGUCUCUGCAAGAUGCUGAAUGGUACUGGGGCGAUAUUUCAAGGGAGGAGGUUAAUGAGAAGCUACGUGAUACCACUGAUGGUACCUUUUUGGUACGAGAUGCAUCUACAAAAAUGCAUGGCGACUACACGCUUACACUAAGGAAAGGGGGAAAUAACAAACUCAUUAAAAUCUUUCACCGAGACGGAAAAUAUGGCUUUUCUGAACCAUUUACGUUUAACUCUGUGGUCGAACUCAUCAUCCAUUACCGAAACGAGUCUUUGGCCCAGUACAACCCAAAGCUGGAUGUCAAGCUCCUGUAUCCAGUAUCCAGGCUACAACAGGAUCAAGUAGUAAAAGAAGACAGUAUAGAAGCCGUUGGAAAGAAGUUACACGAGUAUAACUUGCAAUUCCAAGAAAAAAAUCAGGAGUAUGAUAGACUAUACGAGGACUACACCAGGACAUCUCAGGAAAUUCAAAUGAAAAGAACAGCCAUUGAAGCAUUUAAUGAAACCAUUAAAAUAUUUGAAGAACAAUGUCAAACGCAAGAGAAGUACAGCAAGGAGUACAUAGACAAAUUUCGCCGUGAGGGGAAUGAGAAGGAAAUACAGAGGAUCUUACACAAUUAUGAGAAGCUGAAGUCCCGAAUCAGUGAAAUCGUUGACAGUAAGCGCAGACUCGAAGAAGACCUAAAGAAGCAGGCUGCAGAAUAUCGUGAGAUUGACAAACGUAUGAACAGCAUUAAGCCCGAUCUCAUACAGUUGAGAAAGACCAGAGACCAGUACUUAAUGUGGCUGACACAAAAAGGUGUUCGACAGAAGAAGCUAAACGAGUGGCUGGGCAACGAGAACACAGAAGAUCAGUACUCUACAGUGGAAGAUGAGGACUUGCCUCACCACGAUGAGAGAACAUGGAACGUAGGAAACAUUAACAGAAGUCAAGCCGAGAAUCUUUUACGCGGAAAGCGUGAUGGUACAUUCCUUGUGCGGGAGAGCAGCAAACAAGGGUGCUUCGCCUGCUCUGUGGUAGCGGAUGGCGAGGUCAAGCACUGUGUCAUAAACAAGACCCUUACAGGCUUUGGAUUUGCAGAACCAUACAACUUGUAUAACUCUUUGAAAGAACUGGUGCUACAUUACCAACAUACGUCACUUGUACAGCACAAUGACUCUCUGAACGUCACACUAGCAUGUCCAGUAUAUGCACAGCAAAGGCGAUGAACACCUAACAGACUCUCCUUCAUCAACUAAGCUGAUGCCGGUUUCGGCAAAAGGGAUAAAAUAAAAUCCUAAAGCUCCCUCGUCCGCCUACUUCACAAGAUUGAGCUGCAGUAUCAAAGCUACCUUCAGAUGAGAAAAGAGCUUUCUAUCGCCAUGGAAGCAGGAGAUGAGUGUUAAGCUGUGAAUGUAUGUUUCUAAGCUAUUGUGCUUGCUUUGAAAGAACCCAAGAAGCACAGCAACAGAAAGAUAUGGUAUUACAAGCCUAUCUCCCAGGCCUGCAGGUUCCUCGAGGCCUUCACCAUGGUGCUUGUUUACAUUCUUUUGAAGCUUUACCAGCUUGAAUGUUGGUCACCGCAGAUCCAAGAAGCCAAGGUGUCUUUUUGUUAGUAGAGUACUGAUUUCUUUUUGGGGGGAGGGGCGGGGAGGGGGACACACAACGUUCCAUUGCAGCCUUUGGAGGACUUGUGGCCUAGCGCUCAGCUGAUCUACCCACACAGCCUUGCAGAUUGUUUCAGUUUCCGAACCGAAAACACAAAUAUGUAGCAGAACGGAUGGCACUUUCGUGGUUUUCUAAAGAGAAAUCUGCAUAAAGGACACUGGUUCACAAUUCAGCCCCACCAAGUGUAUGCAGAAAAGUGCCAGGAAGUGUUUUAUUGAGACUAGUCUUGAAUCAAAUGAACCUAUUUAACAUGGAUGAUGACAAGAUGGAAUAAGACUAUAAACAGUAUAUAUAUAAAUAAAUAUAUAUAUGUACAUAGCAACUGGGGAAUAGCUAUCAAAAUGGAACCUACCAAUACCAAACUGUCUACUUUUUAUUUUGCUGACUGCUAAAUCCUUAAUGCUAUGCAACAUCCAUUUUUCUUUAAGCUGUUGUUUUUUUUUUUUUUUUUUUAUACGUAUCAAUAACAUACCGUUCUAUUCGUGAAAUGUUACCUUUUUUGUUCUAGUUUUUGUUGUGUGUUUUUUUUUUUUUUUUUUUUCCCGUGUUAAAGAAUUGUGCAGUAUGUUGAAAGAAAGAGGAGAGUGGUCGUAGUGGAUAGAAUCAAGGAACUUUAAAACAAGAGCUAUUUUACCAUACAAUGUAUAGAGAACUUGGUUUAAGCCCAAGAUUAAAGAAGAAAAAAAAAAGAUUGAGAGUUCAAUACAAAUAUUUGAUUUAAUGCAUUGUUGGGCAGUGCCUAAUAAGCUUCAAAGCUGCUUUCUUAAUAAAGAAGAAAUAAAAAAAAAAAACACAAAAAAAAAGAAGAUAUAUAAAUAUAUAACAAAGAAUCAGCGUUUGACAGUGUUGUAUAAUGGUUUGUUUCGAAUUUAUGGUACUUUUUUUUUCUUUUCGGUAAUGUGCUUAGGGCAUUCUCGUCCUCUGUCCUUACUGCUUCUAACUAGGUAGAAAGCACGCACAAAACAUCUUUCUGCCUUCUCCCGUUCAUUCUGAAAGAUUAGACCCAUCAUUUCAAUGUGUAGCAUGCUAAUCCUGCCAUAAGAUGAUGUCACUGCAAUGGUUUUAAAAGAAACUUUGAAACGUGUUUUGGAAAAAAGGAAAGGGGGGGGGGCAAUUUUUUUUAUGGGACGCCCAUGGUUAUCGAAUUGGUUUUGUUCAGCGCCCUCGAUUUAAAUUUGUGUUUUUGUUUUGUUUUUUUCUGAAUCAGAAUUUCUGUCCUCCCAGUUUUGGUAUCCAAAGAUUUUAAUGGAAUGACUUCCAGAUGAGUGUGACAUACUGUAGGAUACAAAGUGUCGUUGGCUGCACCAUAUCAUUUUACCAUUUUUAGCACUUUUAACCCUGCUGUGACACAGGUCAAUUUUUUUUUUUUUUUUAAUUUUUGUUUUGAUUGGUGGCUGUUUCAAGCAGUGGUACACUCUGCUCAAGUUUUGUAUUCUAUAGUAUUUACAACUGCCUGCCUUGUAUUUACUGACACAAUAUAUUUUUUGGCUAUUUGACUACCGUACCUUAGCCACUGUACAUUGCUUUACACGUAAGACCCGGGGUGAAUAGUACCCCACAGCGAUAUUCAGUUAUUGUGCAUUGUCGGUGCUCUAGGACUCACAAAUAGCUUGCAAACUUUCGAGGCCUGGACACAUACUUGUUUAUACGAACUACAUGGCGUAUUCUAAAAAAAAAAAAAAAAACACAAAAACUUUUUACUCUGGGGUCUGUGGAUUUUUCAGACUUUAUUUUUUUGUUUAAUUCCUACUCUUGUUAACAAACGUAUUUUUUGCUUCCGCAAUAUGUAAAUCAAUUGCGUGUUAAUGCCAUCGUGUUAAACUUUUUAAAACCUCUAAAUCCUGAAUUUUUUUAAUUUCUUCAGAAAUGUAAAGUGCUGAAAUCAUAUGGCACGGUUAGUGUAAGCGUGGAUAGUAACCCUGUAUCAUUGGUUCACAAUGAUAAAAGCAGAUGUUUGGUACUAGAACUAUAAACAUUUUUGAUAAUUUUAAGGUUUUAAGACAAUUAUUUUUCAUAUGCAGUUCUCAAUAAGACUCCGGGAAAAGCAUACUUGAUUUUUAUUUUAUUUUUCCCGAUUUAAGCCAUAUUUUUUCCCCUUUUUAUUAUAAUCUCUCAUACCGGUAAUAGAACAUGAAUAGCUGAAAGGAAGUUUCUUUACAUUUAAAGGAAAAUCCACAUUUAUGAAAUGCACUGUUCAUUCUAUUUUUAAGGUACACCAUGCUGAUUUCUGAAGCACAACACUAUGCGCAAUCGUUUCAGCAGAGACUUUUUUUUUUUUUCUUUCAAAACGACGUGAAUAAUGUGUUUGCGAAGGAUAGAGAGAUCAAUUGGCGGAGAGCAAUUUUAAAGGGCUACUAAAAGUAAAAUACCAGUUGGGACGCUAUGCUAAGACAUCUUGCAUUCAGAAACAGAUCAGCCCAAAUUCUCAGAGUUGCAGAAUGUCAGAUCAUUAACCUAUUGAUGUGUUUUGAAGCUUAUUGCUGUCUCUUAUUAGUGAACUACUGCCUAGAAGAGGCUGCAUACAGUGGUUUUACAGACAGUUUAACUGUAUUUACGAAUGUAAAAAAAAACUUUUUGUAUGACAACUUGUGUUUUUACAUUUAGUAGUCCUUUUAAUCUAUGAAAUCAUUGUGAAUAUGCAUGAGUAGUUUUCAGCAAUCUAGCCAUAAGCUGGGCUACGUGCCCCUCGGUGCUCAACACAAAUCUGAUGUUCAAGUUUUAAGCAAUUUCUGGAGUGCCAAAGCUCACUGUUUUUUUGUUUUUUUUCAUAUUGUAAAUAACACUUAAAGCUAUGUACCUAAAAUGUAAGGUAAACUAUAUGACGAGAUAAGUUAGAUUGGGUUGGAACAUAAGAUAUCUAAAUGUACCAUUACAAGUGGCAAGCUGAAUGCAAGACUUUGGUCUUUAUUUCAUAUGCAAAAAUCAGUGGAAGUCAAAGCAAGCAAUCGGAUUUCAAGACCUGUGGAAGUGGAUUUUUUGAUUUGUUAUGGGUAUUGCACAUUGCUCGUUUUGUGGUUACCCGUGAGAAUUUGCUUCCUCUGUUCCUUCUUUUUUUGUAAUUUUGGCAAAAUUAGAAUGUACAUUAUAAUGUAAAAGUAUACCGAUUUGCCAUAAGUGGUGCUAGCAGGCCUUUUUUUUUUUAUGUAAAGAUGAUACUUUAGGUAACGUGGCCUGUUUCUUGUAUGCACUUGCCGUCAUAUGAUGCAAUUUUCUGCCUCAUGACAUAGUGACUUUAUUGUAUCCUGGUGAAUUGAUAGGUGUGCUAUCCUUAUGUUGUAUAAGAAAAGCAUAUUUUAAAAGCUUUCCCCCACACCACUGCAGAUUUCACCAAGUUGUCUCUUGAAAAAAAAAAAAA